AUGCACUAUGGCAGCGGGGCCAGAAAGGAGCGCCAGAAGAUCGCCAAGGAUAAGGUCACAUUCAUCGAGCUCGGCGGCCUCCCCAUCAAGGUGCAGCUCGUGACCCAACAGAAGGCCCUCGGGACAAUCAUCGCGGCGGGCGGGGCCAUGGGCCCCGAAGUCUGCCUCAGGGUCAACAGGGCGCUUGGUUCAGCGCGCCCGAUGGAGAAGCAUAUCCUCCGCCGCAAGAAGCUCCCAACGAAGGCCAAGCUGAAAUGCGCCCACGCGCUCUCAACCUCAUCGCUGACCUACCACCACCGCGUCUGGAAUGGACUGAACAAGAAGGACCGCGACCAAAUCGCUGCGAAAUACAUGGGUCCUUCCCGAGUGGCCGCCCCCUUACCCAAUACAAAUACACCAGGCAAGCACAUCGCCACCAGCGAGGCUAUCGCGAGGACUGGCGUUCUCGAUUCCGACGCGCACCAAAUGGCAGCUCGACUGGGCUACCUACCUCGGCUCUUGAACCACGCGCCUGCGAUCUUACCUCAGCUUCUUGAUAACCAGCGGCAGCGCAAGGGCACCUGGGGCCACAUGAUCACGCAAGACUUCGCCUUCUUCCGAAAGCACCUCCCGCGAGACAGGUGGCCAAGCAAGGACCUGCAAUACAGCGACAUUAUCGCCUGGGCCCGCCUGGAACCCGAGCACUUCACCAACGCGGUCAAGGCGGCUACCACGGCAUACCUGCUCUAUAUGCGCGACCAGGCCCAGCUGGAGAGCACCGAAGGGGCCGACCUGACCGACGGCAUCGACGAGACGAAAUACAUAUGCUACGUCUGCGGCCGCACAGCCACCGAGCAGGGCAUGGCCGCGCACAUGGGACGGGACCACGCGGACAGCGAGAAACUCCGACGAUGGGCGACGGGCACGGCGCGUAGAUGCUGCCAGACGGAGUUCCACACCUGCCCGAGGCUCCUGAAGCACCUUGCGGCAGCCCACCGCUGCCGCAAGUCCUGGCACGCUUGGCGCGCCAUGGCGAUGGACCCCCCCGCCGGACAGCAAAUCGCCGACAAUCUCAGCGCCAUCGCGACGACCACGGCAGACAACAAGAAGAGUGGCCGACACGCGACCUUCAGCGGGAUACCAGCCUACAAGAUCGACAUCGCGCCGCUUCCAAUCCUGGAGACGUCGCCGAUCUUCCCCAAGCUAUGCGCCGCCAUCCAGCCGAUUAAGCAUCAACCUACAGCACCUAAGACACCCGAGCCAGUGACGCGACCACUCUUGGUCUUCAUCACCGACCGCCCUCGGCAGCCAGGAGACUUCCAACAGAUCAUGGCUAAAGGCGCAGUUGCCAGCGAGAGCGGUAUGGACGACUGCACGAUCGACACCAACAGCGAUUGCGAAGCACCGACAUCAUAUCGUGAUUUCCAGCUCGUGCGCGACAGGAUCCAGAAGGGUGAGAUCGCAGCGAUAUACGCCGAGAUGCCGACAAGGACCUGGUAUUACUCCGACCGCGCCAGUACCCGUCGCUCAAAGGAAACCCAGUUGAAGGAUACAGCCGCCGAGAACUUCGACUUCGCCGCAGCGGCUCUGCUCGACGACAUAAUCAUCACAAGGUGGGGAUUCACAGUGGCAAGCGAAGCGCCAACAAGCGACAUGCGCACCAGCUACGAUGGGUACCUGUGCUACUCACACAAGGAGGAUAUCGUCAUCGGCGAUAGCGCCAGCAACGACCACAGCGAGGAACACUCGUGCAACAGCCACCACGUGUACGAUUACUAG